GAAGUAGUGCUAUACCCCACAGGAGUGCUUCCUUUUAUAAUUGUGGCACACCUGUUCUUUCACAGUGGUUGUUUUCCACUUGUUUGAUUACUUUUGUGGCUUCACCAGCCCCUUCACCUUUGCAACGUAGGAUUUUAGCUUUGGGUGUGUUCUGAAUCCUUGUGUGAUUUUCUGCUGGACCUUUAAGUAGCAGCUGAUAGUCAGAACCAUGUUAUUUCCAUGUUGGCAAAGCUACUACAGCUGAUGAUUCUGAAAAUUGAACAUCUGUGCUACUUUGCUGAACUACAUCACUCUGUAGUGUGCUCUCUUCAUCACAGCCUAUACUUUGCUUGCUAACCUGAAAUGUAUUUUAUUUUAUUUUUUCUGCAUGGAUAAUUACUUCAACUUCUCAAGUGAGACACCUGAAUAUGAUGGAUGGGAGCAAAAUUUAUCUACCUCAAGAUGGAAUCCCUUCUCCACAAAUUCAACUUUAUUCUCAGAAGGAAAUCCAUCUGGAAUGGAAGAAGACACACAAGAUUGGUGCUGGAUUGGUGAACUUGGGGAAUACUUGUUUCAUGAACACAGUCAUCCAGUGUCUGACCUACUGCCCCCCUCUGGCCAAUUACUUACUCCAUGAUAAUGAUCAUGUUUCAGAAUGUAAAAUUGUGGGUUUCUGUAUGAUGUGUGAGCUGCAGAAGCAUAUGGCAUGGACACUAGACCGACCUGGAGAAGUAGUGAAGCCUUUGUACAUAUACCAGAAGCUGAAGUCUAUAGCCAAACAUUUUCAGUUUGGACGACAAGAAGACGCCCAUGAGUUCUUAUGCUAUGUUGUAGAUAAUCUUUGGAGAGCUUCUCUUUUUAAUAUUGAUGGCAAUGUCAAACUAGAUUCCUCAAGUAAAGAAAACACUGUGGUGAAUCAUAUAUUUGGAGGUUACUAUAGAAGUCAAGUAUUAUGUCUCCAUUGCCGAGAGAGAAGUAACACAUAUGACCACUUCAUGGACAUUAUUGUAGAUAUUAAGCAGAACAUUCACAGCUUGGAGAAAGCUCUAGAGAAGUUUGUACAGCCAGAACUUUUACAAAAUGACAAUGCCUACAGGUGUCCAAAGUGUAAAAUGAAAGUCUCCGCACAGAAAAGAUUCACAGUUCACAGGGCUCCUAAUGUAGCAACUUUUCAGUUCAGACGAUUUCACUACAAUCAAAUGUUGGGAGGUAAAAUAACCAAACAUGUAAUUUAUCCUGAAAAAUUAAAUCUACGGCCCUACAUGUCAGACACAAAGGGUGUUCCUGUAAUCUAUAGGCUGAAUGCUGUUCUAGUCCACAUGGGAAGUAGCUGCAACUCUGGUCAUUACUUUUGUUAUGUACGAAACUCUAAUGGAUUGUGGUAUAUUAUGGAUGAUGCAAGAGUACAACAGGUUAGUUUGAAUCAGGUUUUGAAUCAACAGGCCUAUGUAUUGUUUUAUAUAAAAACAUCAAGGGAAAUCAAGAAGCCACACUCAGCUUGUUUAUUGAAUCACAGUUUAUUAACAACUGUCGAGCAUUCCACACAUGAUAAGUACACUCACCAGUCACCUAGUAACUGUUCAUCAAAAUCAUCCCGAUUUGUGAAACAGCUUAGUGGACCCACUCUGAGCAAUACUUCAUCAACUGCUUCUGUGAAUGAUAUUACAAAUGGAACAACCUAUACCAAAGAACCACUGCCUUUAACUCCACAACAGAAGAGGGAAAAAGAUUCAAUUGGUAGCCAAAAGCUGAACAUCAGAAAGGAUAAGAAUCCAGGGGCAUCAGAUAGCAAACUUAUUUCUCAAAAGAUGACUGGAUUAGUGCCUCAUGCUGAAAACUCUUCUCAGUCUUUUGAUAAUGAGAAAAGUUGUGAAAACAGAAAUAAACAAACAAAAAUUCACAGCAUUACUUCAAACUUUCCAUCCAAAUUUAUUUCCAGUAUUGAAAAAACACAAACACUUCCUGAAGACAAACUUCCUAUAGAAAAAGAACGAAAUAAUGAUGGGGUAAACUUUAAUAAAAAUAACUUUGAGUCAGAGAUUUUGACACAUAAGCCAGAUUAUCUACAUACAGAGUCUUCCAUUGGGGUGAAAGCUACAUCAUUAUUGCACGUAUCAAAUGGUGGCCUCUAUUCACCACCAUUGACCUCUGGUUCAACCACAAACUGGGAUGUUACAAAUCAGCAGGAUUUUUUACACAGAUCAAAAGGAAAUAGAGUAGUCACGGUUUGGAAAGAUACCCUAAAUGAAUUGGAAACUUUAGCUGACAAACCAAGUGCUAAUAACUGUGUGUCAGAAAAAGGAAAACUUGACAGUGGUCAGUUCUCCAUUAGUGACUUGCCAAAUGAAAAUAAGGCCAAUGUGAAUUUCCACCACCAAACAGCUGAAUCAAAUUAUCCCAUCUCCAUAAAGGAUGUGAAAACCCUGGCUCAACACAACAAUGAAAAAAGUAAAGAACUGUGUUUGAGGCUACUUACUCAAGAUUUGAACGACAAACAACAGGAUAAAGAGAAAGACAAAAUUGGGGAAUUUGAAAGUGUAUGUAAAAGAAAAUCUGAAUCUAAAGGCAAAUGUGAGCUUUAUCAUAGUUACAUUAGUAAACAUUGUGAGAAUGACUUUCCAACAUGUAGUAAAGAAGAUACUCACUUAUUGCAUAAGAAGCAUAAGAACAAGUGCUGCUUAGAUUCAGAAGAUAUACAUGGGUAUCAGCAGGAUGUUGACAGAAAACAAACAAAUAAAAUAAGCUACCACAUUUUCACUGAACAGAGUGAACAAAGUAGUGAGGAUAACAACUUCACCUGUUUGCAUAGAGAGCAAAAAGUCAAAAUAUUUAGCAAUGUUGAUCUUUCUCAAAAUGACAGAAAUUUGCAAAGUGAAAGUAAAUUGAGUCAAUUUCCAUUAACUGAAACAUCUGAAAGACAUAUGAAACUAAACAGUAAUCAGAACUUCCUAAAACAAUCAAGCAUCUACAAUCAUGAAUGCACUGAAUCUAACCAUAGUCAAGAAAAGACUGAUACAGAAUACAGAAUGUAUUAUACCUGUUUGAGCAAAAACCAACAGAAUUAUUGUAAUAUGCAUAAAGAGUACCUGAAACAAGACAGUAGUACAAGUGACACUACAGCUUGUAUUAAAACAACUGAAAGACGUAAUGGGAGAAACCAGUCUCAAACAAACUCUAGUGAGAGUAAUAAUAGAACUAGAAUUGAAACAGUUGAUAAAAGUGAAAGUGGUUACAAGAAGAGUCAGUCUAGAGUAGAUUCUAGUGACAAUGAAAGUAAUACCAAUAAUAAACCAUCUGAAAAACACCAAAGUAAUAAAAUAGAAGCUAAAGUACACACUUAUGACAGUGAGGGCAGUGAAAGAAGUCACAGCAACAUCAGGAGGAAACAAUCAAAGGAAGAUUCUGUUACCACUGCUAGUAGUGGCAACGGAAUUGAUGAAAGAUUUAGUAAUAAACAAGGAAAAGUUAAGCAGUUUAGAAUAAAAUCUAGUGACAUUAAAACAGGUGAUAGUUAUGAGGAACAGUGUAUUGAUGAAACUAAAGAAACUUUAGAAAAAGAAAAGAAAGAAACCAUACAGUCUAAUAACCAGAAUGUGAAUCGUUUGGAGAAAAACCUGAGUCAGCUUGGCCAGAUCGUUUAUGAAAGUACUAGAUAUAAGCAACAAGAUUUGCAGAAUGAUGAGAGAUGUGAGAAGGGAAAGGUGAAGAACAUGAAGAAACGUCACUUUGAUACUAGUUUUUCCUACAGUAACCUGUUCCAGAAACUUUACAAUCACAAGCGAGAAAGAAAGGAUCAUCAUUUCACUGAAUCUCAUAAACAUCAUCAUGGAGACUUGAAUCAUAGAAUGGACCAUCACAGUCGAUUAAGACACACCCUCAGUAUAACUUUUAACUUUGGUGGCAAACAAAAGUACCGAUAGUGUGAUUGUGCAUUGUAAGGUGAAAGUGGGUGGUUAAGAUACUUUAUACAUUAUUCAUCUUAUAGUGUGUGGCUACUAAUAGCAUUUAACUUUUUAAUUUUUUACCUUUACACCAGUAACUUAUAAAUGAUAAUGAUGAUAUGUGUGUAUACAAACUUUUGCAUAAUUUCUGUGAAGUCAUAUUGAGCACCUGAAUCUCUUAAAGGUUUUUCAUAACAAGAAUAAAUAUAGAAAAAUUUGAUAAAUAAUCAAUCUUUAUUGUAAGUUGAACAUUACCAUACAUGGUAAAAGUAAGCCUUUUAUUUGUUAAGUAGCUGGAGAAAGAAAUUAUCCGGGUGUAUCAUAUUAUAAUUUUUUUUAUUUUGCAUCUGUCUUUUAAAUAUGGUAAAGUAAAAUAGAUUUUUGAUUACACUUAUCCAGUAUAUUCUAGCAUUAUUGAAUUAAUUUACAUGGUAUAAAGUUAUUACAUUAAUUUUUGUAGAUUAGGUGAAUAUUUGUUUAAUACACAGUUUUUGUUUUCUGUAAUAUUUUUCUUGCGCUAUGAUAUGCGUUGUUGUUGUUACUAAUUAUACUCUUAUAAAUUAUUUUUCAUAAUGCUUCUUUCUAUUAUAGCAAGCAACUGAAUAGUUGAUGCUUUUAUAUAACCUUGAAGUUAAAAAAAUAUAGAAAAUCCAUUUUACCUUUUUGUCAAAUUAUCACAAGUUCUUUUGGUUAAAUUGUGAGAUUCUUAAGAAAUUUCUGACUCUUGAAUUAGAAUUACUAUUAUUGUGUUUAUGUAACUGUUCCCUCUUUAAAACAGUCAUGUUUUUAGUUUGUGUUUUAGUUUAAAUAAUCAGUCCUUCAAAUGGAUUAAAAAGAAUAAUUUGUACACAGUUUUGAUAACCACAAAUUCACAACUUAAUCAGAUCAUAAUCCCUAAAAUCUGGUGAUAAAUAUAUUUUAAAAUCAUAGCUCCAGUAAUACCAUAGUUUUUACUUUUGAUUGUUGUGUUGCUUGGACAACAGAUAUAGAGAGUCCAAAACCAGCACAAAAACUGAUUUUGAUACAACUUCUAAGUUGGUUAUCAAUGUUGAUCUGUUUUGACAAGGAGCAUUUGCUAUUUUUUGUGUAAACUUUGUCAGAAACUUGUAUUUCAGUGUAAAUAAGAACUAGAAGUAUUUGAAUAAGAGCAGUAGCUAACAGAGCACAUAAGAUGAUAUUUACAAAAUGUUUUUAUUAAAUAGAACAAUGGAUGAGCUAACAUUCACUGAUAACAUUCACAUUGACUGCAUUUAUUGCACUUGAAACACUUUUUACUUUGCAUGAUAUUGGCAUUUCCAUAGUUUUCUACAUUUGUUUUCUGUGCUUUUAAUCAGUAAAUAGCAAAUAAAAAAGACAAUAAACAUUUGGUCAUAAAAUGGAUAAUAUUGUCAAAGGAAGAACAAAGAACACUGAAUAAUUCCCCUGUGAAAAAAAUUGAUGGAAUUUUUUUCUGAGAACAAAAGCCCUAAUCCACAGAUUUAUCACCUAUAUGACCCUGUUUAGGUUGCUAGUCUAGGGUUAAAAAUAAAAAAAAAUUAUUGUUUGAUUAAACUUUCCUCUCUUUACAAAAAAGUAAACAGAGUGUAAAGUUUAGAAAUCAAGUUGUUUUUUAUGACAUCUUUUAAAGAACAAUGAUGUAUUGUUUUCUGGUUAACUUUUGCAUAUAGAACACAAAUGAUAUACAGUGACCCUAAAUUUUGAAAGAUAUAAUUGUUAUUUGAAUUGCAUAUUUAUAAAUAUAACAAAGUAAUUUGAUUAUGAAUCCUCUACUGAUCUUAUGUAGUAGAGGAUUCAUAAUAUGUGCUAAUAUAAGAAAAACCAAAUGUAAAAUGUUGCUUCUCCUCUGUUCUCAUGUUUAAAAUAUAGAAAAAGGUAACAAGGAUAACAAAGUUAUAUCGUAUGAUUUUUACUGUGACUGAGUUUGAAUUGAUUUUUUUACCUGAUAAUUUUAUAUUUUAAUGUAGUAUCUCUGUAUGAAAAAUGUUUUAAAUUUUCUAUUUUGUGUUUAUGAGUUCUUUUAAGCAUAUGGCACUUAAAUUUCUUGUGAUUUCAAGGCUUGACUGUUAUAAACAUGUUAAUUGUGAAAAAGCAUGGUAAAAAAAUCAAAUAAAAAUAGAUAAUAUAUUAAAUUUUAUCAAGAAACUCACAUAUUUUCUAAAUUGUUGUUAUCUGGAAGUCAUAGUUUAAUACUGUAUUGGUUUGUUAAUGUACAAAAACCUUUUAGUAAUUAUCACCAUAGAUCUAACUUCUUGUUUUAAGUUUUUUAUUACUAAUAUUAAGUUUUAUUGCUAAUCAAAUUAAAAGCCAACAUGCAACAUCCAUAGAUAUUGUUUUUAUUUUUAUUUAUUUUACUUGCUUUUUUUUGUGAUCUUUUAUUAGAAAUUUACUUCAAUAUGUUUUGUGUCAGUUGUAUGAAAAACGUACUAAUCUGUUCUGUUGAAGUUCACACUUGUUAUUAAUUUCUGGCAACUUUGGAGAAACUUGACAACAAAUUUCAUAUGAAGUAUGAGGGUGAAACAUUUAUUUAAUUGUGAUAUAAUAGCUGAAAUAUCAAAGCAGGGAGCAUAAUUAAAGAAGAAAUAAAGUACUUGUUGUCGUGGCUUCUGUAACCCAAAAUAUGUAUAGAGAAUAGGCCGAAGAAAAAAUUAUAUGAUGUAUACAGGUAUUAAACGGGUUCUUAAUCUGUGUGAUGAUAGCUUUAGGAUAAGACUAGAAAUAUAUUAAAUGGUCAAAAAUAUUUACAGUCUGUUAGGUACAUGUUAUAAAACACCUGCUACAUGGAAGCGUGUUGAUAAUAAGACAUUUUUUAUGUUUUUCCUAUUAUAUUGAUUAUACUUGAAACAUCUUCAGAUUUAAAAGGUUUUGUGUUGCACAUUAUUAACACAGUGGUGAACAACUGUGAAUGAUUUAUUGAUUGUUUUUGUUUUAUGUUCUGGUUCAGAUAUGAUUUUGCAACUGUAAUGUUUGUGUGUACAGAUAUCUCCUAGUUUAUUAAUUUUUAUAUUCUAUGUAGUAUCAUUUUGUUCAGGUGUAAAAAUCACUAUUAUAUUAGAAAUUUAAGCAGUUGCAGCUCUCAAAAGUUCACUGCUUAUUAUAUGAUUUUUGUGAUUCCAAAUAUUUUGUAAGAACAUUAUAUACUACAAACCACUGUGUUCUCAACUAUUUUUCACAUUGGUAAAAUAUUAUUAGUAUUGGUGAAUUUGCUUGAAUGAUAGAUGUAACUAUUCUAGUUUUAUGUAAGUGAUAUGAAGAAAUAUCAGUAUUUAUAUUAUUAAUUGAAAGGGGAAGAAAUAUAAUAGUGAAUGCCUUUCUUGUUGUUUUUUUCAUAUUGAUCUUUUAGCACAAUAAACAAGUUCAUUUGCAAAAUCAUUUGUCCUCGGUGAUCUCGGAACUUGUUGAAAUCAACAGACUAAAAGUGACAAUAACAGAGAUCUUAUAUUAGAAGGGGUAUUUAUUAAAAGUUAUAUGUAAGUAAUUCAAGUCUGUUUGUCAAUAUUAUCAAUGUGACUACCCAUCGUAAGGAUUAGUAUAAUAUAAUACUAAACUUCAAACAAAACAAAUUAGUGAACUGCAGUUGUUAUAAAUGUUAAGAUUUCUGUAUGAUUUAAAUUGUAAACAUGUGAUGAUAGUUAAUUACUGAAGAAAUUAGAAACUACUGAAGCAAAAUUGUGUUCAUAAAGUAUUAUUUUAUUUUUAACUGCAAUGUUAGCUUCUUGUUGUUGUUUUUAAAUGUUCCUCAUAUUGGUAACCUCUCAUGAUAAUUAAUGAAGAAAUGAAAAUGAGGGUAUACCAACUUUUUAGUCUCAGUUAAAAAUAAAUGUUUUAUGACAUUGGGUUCACAACUUCGUAAUAUAAUAGAUUAACUUGUUAGAAUUAUGAUUUGAGUGGAUAAAGGUAAUUAAUGUGUUAUUUUGAAUUUAUUCUAAAUUAUGUGGUAGAAGUCUCACAUGUCAGCUCUAAGUUAUAUUACUUUUGUAAUCACACCAUGUUUUCAUUUUUGUUAAACAACACUUAUAAAGAUUAUGUACACAGUGCUGCCACUUCAUACUUUUUUUGGGUAUUUAAUAUUUCACACUUUUGUGAGAGUCAUUUUGU